CUGUCGUGACAUAUCCUAGCCUCUCAUUGCUCCCUUCCCCCAAAUCUCCCACCCAAUCCAAAGGUCCAAAACCACCCAAAACGAUCCCUCUUUCUCUCUCUCACAAACCAUUCUCAUCAUAACACUCAUCACAGAGAGUCUCUCUCACGCAUUUUCGCAAACACAAACAAUGGCCGCCACUCUCUCCAUCUCAAGACUCCUCCUCUCUUCCCCCACCUCCCUCUCUCUCUCCACCGCCACCGCCACCUCCUCCCUCUUCCCCGCCGCUGCCGCCAAAUCCCUCUCUUCAAAACUCUCCUUCACUUCCCUCCCCCUCAAACACCACCACCGCCACCACCCAAAACCCCUCAAAUUCUCCACCGCCAAAUCCACAAUCUCCGCCACAAUCUCCGUCGGAGACAAGCUCCCCGACGCAACACUCUCUUACUUCGACCCAUCUGGAGCACUCCAAACCACCACCAUCUCCGACCUCACCAAAAACAAAAAAGCCAUCCUCUUCGCCGUCCCAGGUGCCUUCACUCCAACCUGUUCCCAAAAACACCUCCCUGGUUUCGUCGAAAAAUCCAAGGACCUCAAAGCCAAAGGCGUCGACACCAUCGCUUGCAUUUCGGUCAACGAUGCUUUUGUCAUGAGGGCGUGGAAGGAGAACCUUAAAGUCAACGACGAGGUGCUUUUGUUGUCUGAUGGCAAUGGGGAUUUCACUCGAGCCAUUGGGGCUGAGCUCAAUCUGAGUGAUCAGCCUGUGGGUUUGGGUGUCAGGUCGAGAAGGUACGCGCUUUUGGCUGAAGAUGGAGUUGUCAAGGUCUUGAAUUUGGAGGAAGGUGGUGCUUUUACUUUCAGUGGAGCUGAGGAUAUUCUCAAAGUGCUUUGAAUUUCCUGAGGUUGUACUUUUACGGCUUCUUCUUCAUUUUGUUUUUUGAUUUUCAUGUUGUUCAGACUGGUUUUUUGUUAAUAAAAAUGUAUGGAACUUGAGUGCCA